AUGGAGACGAGCCUUCGUUACGACUCCAACCGUCGUGCGCUGUGCCUCUUCGCCAAGGAACGAUUCACGAACAAUGAAGAUGUCGUGUUGACGGUUUCUGGUAGUCUCGACACUCGAGACGGUCGCAUCGACGGCAGAGCGCACGUGCGAAAACGUUUCUUCGCUCCGGCGCGAACGACUCCGCUCGCGCCGGAUCGCGCGGACAUAGGGUUGACGUACGAGACGCGGAGGGACGACGUGCGGUACGGAGCGCGCGUGCGAAAAUUAUUGGACGUCACGCCGUCGGGAAGUGGAAUGACCACGCUGGGAAUUCGAGGCGGGGUAUCGUACGGGAUAAAGCGUCAAGCUGCGGAGAUCGAGGGAACGAUAGAGCUCACGCACAAGGUGUUCAAUUUUCAGGAGGAUCAAGACUUGCGCCUUCGGCUCGGCUAUGACGUUGCGACGCGCAAGCCGUACGCAAAUUUGCGCGAGAACAACUGGAGUUUUCAGACAGAUUUCCAGAGGAGCUGGAGCGUGUGUUACGAUCUUUAG